GCAAGCUAACGGUGAAAAGCGCUGCGCUCUCCCAUUCACAGUCGUGUGUUUGCUGGCGAGCGAAGAGUUGAGAGCGUCAUUUGGGAGUUAAACAAAAUCAACGGAAUUGUUUAUUUAUGAAUAAGCUGGUCUUAGCGAAACUAAGUUUUUGAAAGCCGCAGGAAUCGCAGGACGUAGAGCAGAGCAGAGGAGGAGAGCAGCAAAGCCAAAGAUCACCCAUUUUGUCAUCUAGUUAGGAAGCGAACAGCAAUCUUCGGUCAAGAACAUGGGUAACGAGACCUCCCUACCCAUGGACAUGUGUUCCAACUUCGAUGCCGACGAGAUCCGGCGGCUGGGCAAGCGUUUCCGUAAACUGGACCUGGACAAUUCCGGGGCGCUGAGCAUAGAUGAGUUCAUGUCGCUGCCGGAAUUGCAGCAGAAUCCAUUGGUGCAGCGCGUUAUCGAUAUCUUUGAUGCCGAUGGCAAUGGCGAGGUGGACUUCAAGGAGUUCAUCCAGGGCGUCUCGCAGUUCAGUGUGCGCGGCGAUAAGCUGUCAAAGCUGCGGUUCGCCUUUCGCAUCUAUGACAUGGACAACGAUGGCUACAUCUCCAACGGGGAGCUCUUCCAGGUUCUGAAGAUGAUGGUGGGCAACAAUCUGAAGGAUACACAGUUGCAACAGAUCGUAGACAAGACCAUUUGCUUUGCGGACAAGGACGAGGAUGGCAAGAUAUCGUUCGAUGAGUUCUGUUCGGUGGUGGGCAACACUGACAUACACAAGAAAAUGGUGGUCGAUGUCUAGGGCAUAUGCGUAUAUAAGUACAUAUAAUAGACAUACUAUGUAGAGCAUAGGAUCCGGAUAACCAAGUGUGUGUAUGUGUACCUUCCGCUCAACCCGUUAAGCUUUAUAUAUAUAUAUAUUAAAUGGAUCUUGUGUAUGUCUGUCUGUCGUCGGUCUGCGUGCCAAAAGAAAGCAGUUCGUUCACUCGAUUCUUACUCGAUACCUAUCUAGAUAUAAAUAUAUAUAACCUAUAUGCACAUACCUGACCGAUCUCUCAUCCUCAGAAUGCUAUGAAUUGUGUCUUAUACUCAUACGAAACCACCGGCAACGGACCACUACAAAAAAAAAAAAAAAAAAAACGCAUCCUCCUCUUACCUUGGAAAACCCUAACCCUAGACCUUUUACCCAACCAUCAAGAAAACGCUCUCCCCCCAUUCGAUAAGUAUUUGCUAUAUAUAUGUAGGUGACUUAAGAUUGACGACGACAUCCGACAUCUCGCUCGCAUCAUCAUCUCAAGCUAGUUUGUACUGUAUCCUAACUCUACGUUCAAUUCAAAGUCUAAAACUUAAGUUAAUCUCUCGACUAAAUGUUGUGUAUAAGAUAUGUAAAAACUACAACUACAAUUAAAAAAUGUUUAUCGAAUAAAAAGGAAAGAAAAGCA